AUGCUGAGCAAGGAGGAUGAAGCUCGUCUCGACAGGCAUGAAGGCGUGCCAAAAGCAUACGAGAAGCAUCUGCUUGACAUUGAUCUGUACUUUCUGAGGAACGGGCCGAGAAGUCAACGUGGGAGCUCCGUCCGACCCGUUCGCAGCGAUGGAGAAAGGGUAACGGUUAAGGCGUUGGUGUAUCUCAGUCCACAGUACACCACUGACUCAGCUCCUCGAGAGGAGUAUGCCAAUCGGAUGAUUCGAGGCCUGCAGGACUCCUUGGAUUUCGGCAUGUCCGAGGACUACGUCAGCAACGUAGUCAUGCCAGCCUUGAGGAGACGACCUAACCAAAAUCGUACGGCAGCAUCGGCCUUUUCGAGACGGCGUGCCAAUGUCGAUAUAGAGAGGAAUCGAUCCCAACGUUUUCAGUUCACAGUCCCUUGGACACAGUGA